AACAUCGCCCUGUCCAGGCGCCAAGACACUGCUGCCCUUGGCGUGGGAGUCAGUGGAAGAAAUGGUUCACGAGGCGAUUGCUAAGAAUCGACAGGCUUUCUCUAACAUGCUGCAGUCAUACGACCGCAGAGACACGGGAACAAUUGCUCGGAACAAUUUCAAGAAAGUCAUGCGCAUAUUCUGCCCAUUUUUAGCAAAUGAACACUUAAUAAAACUCUGCUGUAAAUUUCAAGACACGACUUCAGAAAAAAUCCUUUAUAGGAAGUUUUUGGCAUGCAUCAAAGUUUGUGCCCCCUCCACGGUCUCUCCGAUCCUUACCUCAAAGGAUCAGCCAUGUGAACGUUUUCAAAAAGAACAGCAGCAGCCGGCACUCUCCGAGAGAACCGAGCCCACCAGUGACGGGACUGCCACAGCCAAGAACAUGAGCAUAGAUGAAGUCAUUGAAAAACUCAAAAGUUGCGUCCGGCGGCAGGACCCAGCGUUCAGGAAGCGAUUCCUGGCCGUCAGCCAGGGCCUGCACCGGAAGAUCGGCGUGCGCGGCUUCAGGAAGGUACUAGAAGACAGCAGGAUGCCCAUGGAUGAGACCCAGUACUUGCUCCUGGCUACGAAAAUUGGCUAUAAGAAGGAGGGAAUGAGCUACCUGGACUUCGUAGAGAGAUUCGAAGACACUAAAACAAGUGGGCCGGCUGCAACGCCACCCCAGACUCCGAUUUCUUCAAAAAAUUACUUGAACAACCACUUUAUAACUGCUGAAGAAUGCCUGAAACUUUUCCCCAAGAGACUGAAGGAGCUGUUCCGGGACCCCUACUCUGCCUUCUUUAAAAUAGACACUGACAGGGAUGGCAUAAUCAACAUGCGUGAUCUUCACAGAUUGCUUCAGCGGCUACUCUUCAACCUGAAAGAUGAGGAGUUUGAGCGCCUCCUUGGCCUUCUUGGCUUGAGACUUAGCGUCACUUUAAACUUCCGGGAAUUUCAAAAUCUGUGUGAGAAGGGGCCCCCCCAGAUGGAUGAUGCUCCCCAAAGACUCAUUAGACCCAAACAGAAAGUUGCGGAUUCAGAGUUGGCCUGUGAGCAGGCUCAUCAGUAUCUUGUCAUCAAAGCGAAAAACAGAUGGGCGGACUUGUCCAAGAAUUUCAUAGAAACCGACUCCAAGGGCAAUGGCAUUCUUCGACGACGGGAUAUAAAGAACGCUCUGUAUGGCUUUGACAUCCCCCUCACACCAAGAGAAUUUGAGAAGCUUUGGCAAAGCUACGACACCGAGGGACGAGGGCACAUUACUUACCAAGAGUUUUUAGAGAAACUGGGUAUUAACUACUCCCCAGCGGUCCACCGGCCCUAUGCAGAAGAUUACUUCAAUUUCCUGGGCCACUUCACGAAGCCCCAGCAGAUGCAAGAGGAGAUCCAGGAGCUGCAGCAGAGCACAGAGCGGGCCAGGCCGGCUAGGGAUCAGCUGGUGGAGCACUUCCAAGACAUCAGCAAAGCACUCGGCACGCUGGAUACGUCGCAGUCCGGCUCCGUGUCCCUCUCCAAGAUGCAGCAAGUGUUGCAGGAGUGCAGCUGUCCCCUGAAGGAGGAGGAGCUCACCGAUCUUCUGAACAGUUUGGGAAUCAUCUGCCAUGAUAACACCAUCAAUUACCUUGACUUCUUGAGAGCGCUGGAAAACAGCAAGGCAGCUAGACCUCAGCCCAAAGAGAAGGAAGAAGCCAUGCCAACCAACUUCUCCACGCUGAGCCUGGAGGCGGUGGUGAGGCACAUCCAGGAGGUGGUCAGCACCGCCCAGCUGGCCCUGGUGCAGGCAUUUUCUGCAUUAGACAAAGAGGACACCGGGUUUGUAAAGGCUACAGAUUUCGGACAAGUCCUCAAGGAUUUCUGCUACAAGCUAACCGACAGCCAGUACCAUUACUUUUUGAGGAAACUAAGAAUUCAUUUAACGCCCUACAUACACUGGAAGUAUUUUCUCGAGAACUUCGGCUGCUUCCUAGAAGAGACCGCUGAUGAGUGGGCUGAGAAAAUGCCCAGAAUCCCUCCCUCCACGUCUCCCAGAGAAGUGGCCAGCAGGGAGCUGCUGGCGUGUCUCCACAAAGCCGUGGGCUCCCACCACCAUGCCUUUGCCCAGGAGUUCGAGAACUUUGACACCAACAAAACCAACACGGUCUCCAGAGACGAGUUCAGGGCCAUCUGCACCCGCCACCUGCAGAUCCUGACUGACGAGCAGUUUGACAGGCUCUGGAGUGAGAUGCCCGUCAGCACCAAGGGGAGGCUGAAAUACCAGGAGUUCCUGAGCAGGUUCAGCGUGGAGCAGGCAGCCACGCCGCCGGCCACAGGAGACUCGACCCAGGCCCAGAAGGGAAGCAGCAUCCCCGAGGUCUCAGAAGAAACCAGGCCUGCUGGCUCCUCGCCCAUGCGGGAUCCGAGGGCAGGGCUGAAGUCACGGAGUCACCCCUGCACCCCAGCGGGCACCCCGCUGCUGCAGAACUGUGAGCCCAUCGAGAGCCGGCUGCGGAAGCAGAUCCAGGGCUGCUGGCGGGAGCUGCUGAAGGACUGCAAAGACAAGGACACGGGGAGACUGGGGACUGUCCCUGCAGCCGAGUUCCUGGCUCUCGUGGAGAAGUUCCACCUGGAGGUAAGCAAGGAGGAAGGCCAGCAGCUCCUCACGAAGUACGACCUGAAGGACAACGGCACCUUCGCCUACUGCGACUUCAUCCAGAGCUGUGUGCUCCUGCUCAAGGCCAAGGAGACCUCGCUGAUGCAGCGCAUGAGGAUCCAGAAUGCGCACAAGAUGAAAGAAGCUGGUGCUGAGACAUCCUCCUUUUACGCGGCUCUACUGCGCAUCCAGCCCAAGAUCCUGCACUGCUGGAGGCCCAUGCGGCGCAUGUUCAAAGCCUACGACGAGGGCGGGACGGGGUUUCUGACUGCGGAUGACUUCAGGAAGGUGCUGAGGCAGUUCAGCAUCAACCUCUCCGAGGAGGAGUUCUUCCACCUGCUCGAGUACUACGACAAGACGCUGUCCUCCAAGGUCUCCUACAACGACUUCCUCCGGGCCUUCCUGCAAUAGGCACUGCUGCAGUGCACCCCAAAGACAGACCAGGCCGCGUCUGUCUCUGCAGCUAACAAGAGCAUAGAACCGAGGGGUCUGGUGGAUGUCCCGGUGCAUCUGCAGAUAGAACACCAGCUCAGCCUGUGAGUCUGGACGCCUCUUUCCACUG